GUGACUGACACUCCAGACAGAAAGCAAAAGCUCCAGCUCGGUUCUGACCCGCUGCGAUGACACAUGAUUGUUGUGCAGCCACCCACGGACCGAGCGCGCGCAGAGUCAUGGAGUUAAGUUAACCGUUCCAUUCCCGCUCAUUCCCGUCGACGACACGAGUCUUGGUCGCGCCGCCGGGGACAAAGUUGGCGUAUGGAGAGGGACGAAGUUUCACUACUGCGCAGCGUCUUCUCUUUGUUUUUGUCGGGUCAGUGAACGUCUCACCGGUCAGUGAAGUAGCCGCCGCGCGGUGGUAGCGACGACGCAAGCAGACGAGCCGAGGUCGUGAACCGUCUGCGGAGAUGGUGGACGGGAAGCCCAUCCUCCAGGACCGACCCCCAGCCUACAACACGGUCUCCGGGCCCUACGAGUACGGAGCCGGGGGGCACCAGCCACACGGCUACGGAGCCAUUCCUCCCCCCGCCCCGCCGCCCUACCAGUACCCCGCCGGACAAGCGUACUCCCCGGUGCCCCCGGUGUCCCAGCAGCCCUACUCCGGCGCCUACAUCAUCCAGCCCUCGGUGGUGGUGGUGGGAGGCUGUCCAGCCUGCAGAGUCGGCGUCCUGGAGGACGACUUCACCUGUCUGGGCAUUCUGUGCGCCAUCUUCUUCUUCCCCAUCGGUAUUCUCUUCUGCUUCGCUCUGCGUCAGCGGCGGUGUCCCAACUGCGGCGCCACCUUCGGCUAAAGGGACCAAAACGACGGCACUCGUGUCUACCUUGCACAUUCUGGCGCUUCAGCAGCUGAUGGAGACGCUUCUGCCAUGAGCCUUCGAGUCUAUGUUUUCUGUUGCAGUGCGUUGUGGGUGCCUUCACGACAACAUGCCGAGUCAUCAUUUUCGCUUCGCCAUUGUUUAUUUGUUUUUGUUUUUUAACGCUGAAUCACCGUGCUUGGCAUCGAUUUAGGUUCCGAACAGGAUUUAUUUUUUCUAAUGCAAUAAUGACAUCGGUGAUUUCUCGCAGCUAAAGCUGAUUCUGUUGAUAUUCUCGGGGGCCAUAUUUGCACUGUUGACUACUCUGCUCGGCUACUUCCCAGAGCCGCCGCGGACCUCAGGUACUAAUCUAAAACCCGGACGCCCGGAUCACUGUAGAGAGGUUCCUGUCAGACAACCGAGCGUGGCGAAGAGCGCGCUUGGUUUCCAGUGCCAUUCCUCCCUGCCAGACAAUCACAACUCAUCGCCAUUGAAAAAACAACGGUGCGGAUUUGGUCUCACGCUUGCAGAUGAUUGUUACUUUUUAUAUCAAUAUAUGAAUAUAUAUAUAUGAAUGCUGCGUCAGUAUUUGUGUCGUUUGAUUUGUGACUAUUUCCAUGUUUCAUAUAGAUGGCUUGUGCAUGACAAUUCUGAAAUCUCCAAAAUGUAAAAUACUAUUUUCAUACAGUCAGUUCUAUUACCGCGUCCCAAUAAAGUCUGAGUAAUG